CUCUGACGUUUGCACAGCGCCAACUUGUCGAGUUGUUACUGGUAAAUGCUAGAAAUGAUGAAAUAUCUAGUAAUACGUUUUGCUGACGUUUGAUUAAGAGUUAUAUAAGUGAAACUUUAUGUUUUUUAUCAGCGUUAAAUUGUGCUCACCUGGUUAAACACCGGGCUGACGUUAAAGUUUUGCGGUAGCGAAAGUAACUGAACGAGGAAGCGUUUCCAACGAUUGUCAGCGCUGACAGUUAUUUUCAGUAUGCGAAACAGACAGAGGGGAUCCCAGCUGGGCUUGCUGCUCCUUGCCUCCCAGGUGUUUCAAUUGGGUCUGAACAAUAUCCCUCCCAUCACUCUGGCUGUCCUGGCUCUCAAUGUGUACCUUUACCUAUUCCCUGCUGCCCCACUGUUUCAGGCCUGUGUUAGUGUGCAGCAGGCCUACUGGUUUAAAGACUGGCGCAGACUCCUGCUGUCCCCACUGCACCAUGCAGACGACUGGCAUCUUUACUUCAACAUGGUGUCCUUCCUCUGGAAAGGUAGAAGGCUGGAGCAACGGCUGGGUGGGCCCUGGUUCCUUUACCUGCUCUCAGUGUUCUCUCUGCUUACUGGACUGGUCUAUCUAGUGUUGGAGGCGUUGCUAACAGAGCUCACGCAGGACCAGUCGUACAGCAUGGCGUGUGCUGUUGGCUUCUCAGGUGUCCUGUUUGCUUUGAAGGUACUCAAUAACCAUUACUACCCCGGAAGUGUGACCUAUGUGAUGGGAUUACCUGUGUCUAGUCGCUAUGCUAGCUGGGUAGAGCUGGUGCUUAUCCACAUAACAUCACCCGGGACCUCUUUUGUUGGUCACCUGUCAGGGAUCCUGGUAGGUCUCCUCUACACCACCGGACCACUGAAGAAAAUCAUGAAGAAAUGUGCAGGGUUUGUGACAUCGAAUGGAUAUAACUCACAGCCCGGUGCCUACUACAGAUCUUCGGGCUACUCGGGCUACACUGGCACUGGUAGAGGACUCUCAGGAAACUAUCAGUAUGCACCAGGUUACACAGCAGAUGCAUCUUAUACAGGUGGACUGACAGAGGAGGAGCAGUUAGAGGAAGCCAUCACAAACAGCCUGAAUGACAGAGGUCAAACCCGGCAGAGAGGAGCCCCCCCUCCUUAUGGUUUCCACCUCUCCGAAGAUGCCAGAACUGAGCAAAUCAGGCAAAUGAGACUGAGGAGGUUUGACAGAUGAAUGAAACAGCGGCAAGGAAGAAGAAUUUUUUACUGAAAAGUUCCAAAUAUUGCAACCACAAGCUGAGGAUGAGUGUCCUGAAUAAGAAGAUCCAAAAUCACAGCCUGACAUAUUUAAGAGGUCUUUGUUGUGUGGCGCUUUUUGUUAAGGUGGCACUAAAAUGAAUUAAUGUCACCUAUGAAAAAUGGCUGUGAUGCUUUAUAAGAGUUCAAAGGCUAAUGAGCAGUUUUUGAUCUGUCUGAUGACGCUGAAGACAACUUUAGAUGCACGUCGGUAGCAGAGAUUAAAGGUAAUAUUAGUUUUGAAGUAGGUAGCAGACAUGGUAUUAAAAAUGCUGUUUAAUGCUGCUUUACGUCUAUACUUGAGUUGGAGAACUGCAACAAGUCUUACUUAAACACCACUAUAUUUAC